AUGAUAAAUCCCUUGCCGAUUCUUUCCGACCACGCUGCGUGGCUAAUAAGCGACUCAGCCAAACGCAUAAGAACACGAAGAUCUCUUUGCUCGAGUUCCGGCUGGAUCAACAAUCUCCGGAUGGGCGACAGCAAAUCGACCAGACUUCCGCGAAAAGUAUCGAACAGUGUUCGUCUCCAAGGCAACGGCGUGAGGUUUAUCAAACCACGCACCCUCGGCAGACGCCAGUAUAAAUGCUGUGCGUAUUGCUGCUCUGCACCGCAGACUCCGACUAAAGGUGCGGUAGAUCUUGGGGCUAGCGGAACCUUCAAGACAAACUCACAUCCGGUAAUCUCACUGCCACUCGCCAGCAAAGUCAAAGGGCUUGGCAACGAUGAAGUCAAGAAUAAAGAGUGUGAAAAGGUUCAUACGCAUGAAGGAAACUUCACCACUGUUGAAAACCAAUAUUAUAAAAUUCGUGCAAAAACUACCACGCUGCUCAUAGACUGCUAG